AGGAGGAUCAGCAGCUUCAAAAGUCUAUGGAGUCUGUCUCUACUACGAUUGAAAAGGACGCAGCGCUGAGACGGUUCGAACGAACACACUCCCAAACCUCCCUUGACAUCUCAAUGGACAGCGAACAAAAAGCCACGAAGACACUGGACAAGUUGCAGAUGGUGAGAAGAGCAAUACACGGCGUGGAGCAGACACUUGAGUCUGAGGAAGAGAGGCUGGAGAAGCUGAGACAGAAACGAUUCAUUAACCCGCUCCACGAUAUCACAGAGAGCUCGACACCACAGAGGACGUCAGAUGUAGAUGUACACGACAUACCACGCGGUCUACUGAAGCACAUGUGCAGGAUGCUGGACGAGCCACCUUCCUGUGGGUGGAGAAGGAUUGUACCUCUGCUCGGCAUGUCACAUCGACUUAAAGACAUUGAAUCGUCACUGGACAGUCCAACAGCUGAACUAAUUAGAAUUUGGACGAACGAAAACAGAUUGGUUACUUUUCCUGAUCUUAUGGAAGUUCUUAGGUUAGCAGAACAAAUGGAUACCGUAGAAUUCAUUAAGCGGCACCUGCAGUUGAAGAAACGGCUUUCAAAACAAUCGUUCCUCUACUUCCCCAUCGAGAAACAAUCUUCUCCUCCCGCUUCUUAAAUUUGUAAUUUGACUGCUCGGUCAUUUAGUUGAAUGGUUAGUUGAUUUGUUAAUUGAUAUAGAGAGUUGUAUCUCGCGCGAUUACAACGAAGAGCACGUUGGUUUGAGCGGAGAGUGUUUGAGGUGUGAAAUACAGAAAUGUAAUUUGGUUUCCUUGUAAAUAUAAG